GAGGGCGAGCAGGGGGAGAGGCGAACAGAGGGUAGGGCUUUUUUGUUUCAUUUGCUUUAACUAACUUGGGCUGGGCUAGCUUAGAGUUUUUAAAAGUGGGCUUUUUUGGUCCGAUCCAAGUUAAUCUGGUCCAAUUAUGUAAAAAUCGGUGGACGGUUUGCUGUUUCAACAUCCAUGGUCUAUUUACUUUCUUUUUUUACUAUUUUAGUAACCAUAUAAAUAUACCCCUUUUUUUUAUUAUUUUUCCUUUCAGUGGUUUACUCUUCACUACCAACUCAAAGCCACACAACGCGAAGAAUAGCUAUAUAUACAAGACAUUUCUCAUGUUUCUUUCUUAAUACUUGGCCAAAAGCAUCACCCUGUCACUUGUUUCUCUUCUCACUUGUCUUAAAAGACAACUAGUUUUGGAGGCAAGCAAAGGCACGAAACACCCGGUACUAUCCUAAGUGGUUUAGAGAUUCUUUGGGUGCUGUUUUUAUUUUCUUCUCAAAAGAAAAAAAAUGGGUAAUGAGAAGGAGAAACUGAAGAAGAUGAACGGAUCCAUAAGGUCAAUUUUCAUGCAUGCGGAUGAUGUAGAUAUGUGGUUGAUGACUCUUGGCUUCAUCGGAGCCGUUGGUGAUGGUUUUUCUACACCUCUUGUAUUGCUUGUUACUAGCAAGUUGAUGAACAAUCUUGGUGGUUCUUCAGCUUUCACUGCAGACAUGUUCAUUCAUAACAUCAACAAGAAUUCAAUGGCUUUAUUGUAUUUGGCUUGCUGGUCUUGGGUUGCUUGUUUUCUAGAAGGAUUUUGUUGGUCAAGAACAGGCGAGAGACAAGCGACAAGAAUGAGAGCCGGGUAUUUGAAAGCUAUCUUAAGACAAGAUGUGGGAUACUUUGAUUUGCACGUUACAAGCACAGCUGAAGUUAUCACCAGUGUUUCAAAUGAUAGUCUAGUAAUCCAAGAUGUUCUCAGUGAAAAGGUGCCAAAUUUUCUGAUGAAUGUUGCAAUAUUUGUUGGGUGUUACAUGGUAGCAUUCAUAAUGCUAUGGAGACUAGCAAUAGUGGGGUUUCCUUUUGCUGUUGUUUUGGUGAUUCCUGGCUUAAUGUAUGGAAGAGGGUUGAUAGGAAUAGCUAGAAAGAUAAGUGAGGAAUACAAUAAGGCUGGAACUAUAGCAGAACAGGCAAUAUCUUCUAUAAGAACAGUUUAUUCCUUUGUUGGUGAGAGUAAAACCAUUGCAGAAUUCUCAGCAGCUUUACAAGUGUCCGUGAAGUUGGGAUUAAGACAAGGCUUGGCUAAAGGUCUUGCAAUUGGAAGCAAUGGGGUUGUUUUUGCCACUUGGUCUUUCAUGUCGUAUUAUGGCAGUAGGAUGGUUAUGUACCAUAACGCUCCAGGAGGGACUGUUUUCAUUGUUGCUGCCGCCAUUGCCAAGGGGGGCCUAUCAUUAGGAGCCAGUCUAUCAAACCUCAAGUAUUUCUCUGAAGCAUGUGCAGCUGGGGAACGGAUUAUGGAAGUGAUGAAAAGAGUCCCCAAUAUUGAUUCUGACAAUUUGGAAGGAGAAAUUUUGGAAAAAGUUACAGGAGCAGUUGAAUUUAGGCAUGUUGACUUUGCAUAUCCAUCAAGGCCUGACACCAUGGUUUUCAAAGAUUUAUGCCUCAACAUUCCAGCUGGAAAGACUGUGGCUUUAGUGGGUGGUAGUGGCUCAGGGAAAUCCACAGUCAUAGCACUACUACAAAGGUUUUAUGACCCACUUGGGGGAGAGAUACUGCUUGACGGAAUUUCCAUAGAUAAGCUGCAGGUCAAGUGGUUAAGAUCACAAAUGGGUUUGGUGAGUCAAGAGCCAGCACUUUUUGCUACAACCAUUAAGGAGAACAUACUUUUUGGCAAGGAAGAUGCUAGCAUGGACGAGGUUAUUGAUGCGGCCAAAGCCUCAAAUGCCCACAAUUUCAUAUCCCAAUUGCCUCAAGGUUAUGAAACUCAGGUUGGUGAAAGAGGGGUUCAAAUGUCUGGUGGACAAAAGCAAAGGAUUGCUAUAGCAAGAGCAAUAAUAAAAGCACCUCGAAUCCUUCUUCUAGAUGAAGCAACAAGUGCACUAGACUCAGAAUCCGAACAAGUUGUGCAACAAGCAAUAGACCAAGCUGCCGUUGGCCGCAGCUCCAUAAUAAUCGCCCACCGCCUUUCCACCAUUCGCAAUGCUGACCUCAUAGCAGUUGUUCAAAAGGGCCAGGUUAUUGAAAUAGGAUCGCAUGAUCAGUUGAUGGAAAAUGAUAUCGGUCACUAUGCUUCAUUAGUCCACCUUCAGCAAAUAGAGAAAGAAAAGACUCUUGAUGAAGCUAACUCAAAUUUAUCUACCUGUGCAUCAUCUUCAAUAUCAAAUAUAGACAUUUACAGCACAAGUAGUCAUAGACUUUCUUUUGUUAGUCGGUCCAGUUCCGCCAAUUCAUUUACUCGGAACCAUACUUUAUUGGCUGGAGAGUCCAUAGUGGAAGAGAAAAAAUUGCCAGUGCCAUCUUUUAGAAGAUUGUUGGCAUUGAACUUACCAGAAUGGAGACAAGCAAUAAUGGGGUGUUUAAGUGCUAUCCUAUUUGGUGCAGUUCAACCUGUUUAUGCAUUCUCACUAGGAUCUACGGUAUCAGUGUAUUUUCUAACUGAUCACAAUGAGAUCAAGGAGAAGACUAAGAUCUAUGCCUUAUGCUUUCUCGGGUUAUCGGUGUUUACAUUGCUGAUUAAUGUUGGUCAGCAUUAUAAUUUCGCAUACAUGGGAGAGUACUUGACAAAGAGGAUUCGAGAGAGGAUGCUUUCAAAGAUACUCACAUUUGAAAUAGGCUGGUUCGAUCAAGAUGAGAAUUCAAGUGGUGCUGUCUGCUCUAGACUUGCCAAGGAUGCUAAUGCGUUGAGAUCCUUGGUAGGUGACAGGAUGGCAUUGAUUGUGCAAACAAUGUCAGCAGUAACUAUAGCUUGCACCAUGGGCAUGGUCAUAGCUUGGCGGCUUGCAAUUGUUAUGAUUGCGGUUCAACCCAUCAUCAUCAUUUGUUUCUACACCAAACGCGUCUUGCUUAAAAGCAUGUCACAGAAGGCUAUUAAAGCCCAAGGUGAAAGCAGCAAGCUGGCUGCUGAGGCAGUUUCCAACCUCCGAACCAUCACCGCCUUCUCGUCCCAAGACAGAAUCUUGAAAAUGCUGGAACGGGCUCAAGAAGGUCCUCGAAGAGAGAGCAUCCGUCAAUCGUGGUUUGCUGGUAUUGGACUCGGCACGUCUCAAAGCCUAACAACUUGCACUUGGGCCUUAAACUUUUGGUAUGGUGGUAAACUCAUCUCUCAAGGCUACAUCACUGCAAAAGCUUUGUUUGAGACCUUCAUGAUCUUGGUAAGCACCGGCCGGGUGAUAGCCGAUGCUGGAAGCAUGACUUCUGACCUUGUUAAGGGCUUAGAAGCAAUUGGAUCAGUCUUUGCUAUAUUGGACCGAUUCACAACGAUUGAGCCUGAAGAUUCUAACGGACAUAACCCCGAAAAGAUAACAGGCCAUGUAGAACUUCAUGACAUAGACUUUGCAUACCCGGCUCGACCCAACAUUAUGAUCUUCAGAGCCUUUUCCCUCAACAUAGAUGCAGGUAAAUCAACUGCACUGGUUGGACAAAGUGGGUCGGGUAAAUCAACAAUCAUUGGAUUAAUCGAGAGAUUUUACGAUCCACUUGAUGGUGUAGUGGAAAUUGAUGGUAGAGAUAUAAGGUCAUACCAGCUUAGGUCACUAAGGAAACAUAUAGCAGUAGUUAGCCAAGAGCCUACAUUAUUUGCAGGCACCAUAAGAGAAAACAUUGCAUAUGGAGCAUCUGAUACGAUGGAUGAAUCACAGAUCAUAGAGGCUGCCAUGGCAGCCAAUGCUCAUGAAUUUAUUUCAGGGUUAAAAGAUGGUUACAAUACAUGGUGUGGUGAUAGGGGAAUGCAGCUCUCUGGGGGGCAAAAGCAGCGCAUUGCAAUAGCAAGGGCCAUAUUGAAAAACCCUGCAAUUUUGCUCUUAGAUGAGGCCACCAAUGCACUUGACAGUCAAUCAGAGAAAGCAGUACAAGAUGCACUUGAAAGGGUUAUGAUUGGGAGAACUAGUGUGGUAGUGGCUCACAGGCUAAGAACCAUUCAAAACUGUGACCAAAUUGCUGUGUUGCAUAAAGGGAAGAUAGUGGAGAAAGGGACCCAUCAAUCUUUGUUGGCUAAAGGUCCCACUGGAGCUUACUUCUCAUUGGUUAGCCUCCAAAGAAGACCCUUGUUGGCACAUAAUUAAAUUAACCUUGCAUAAAAUAAAUUAUGAAAAGUUACGAAUGUGAAAAGACUUGAAUAUGAAGAGUUAAUAAUGCGAAGAGACUUGAAGAUGAAAAGUUACACACAUGCAUGAAUAGUCACAACUCCUAUAGUAUUUAAGUUAUGUAAAUGAAUAGUCACAACUCCUAGCAUUUAGUGAUAUAGAUGAAUAGUCACUUACAACUCCUAUAUAAAGAGUUGUAUGUGAUGAAGAAUUAAUUGUGUGUGAGUGAAAGAAAAAGUUUAUUAGAAAGAAUUUGUUUCUUCCAUACAAAAUUUAUUUCUCUUCUCCAAUAUAUUCUUUAUCACUUUCUUUGUUUUA